AUGACAUCACGUGCCUUUCACAGAGCUGUCAAGUUUUAUGGAAUUCUUUUAGACAGCUAUAGAGAUGAAGAUGAGUAUUUGAACAAGAGAACUAUAUUAGAGGCUCUUCGAACUUAUCCUGAUUGUUCUGAAUACCUGUCAGAAAAAUUUUGUCAUGAAUUAGAUGUUAUUGAGCUAGCUACACGAGAAGAUAGCUAUUUUUUGUUUAACAAUUUUAACUUAACCUAUUUUCCUUCGAUUGACUUUUCUAAAAUUGUAAAAACAUGUGGAGAAGCUCUUUGCUUUUGUGAGGGUUCUGAAAAAAACGAUAAGGAUCUCGUUCUUGCUGCAGUUAAAAAUUGUGGACUUGCAUUGGGUUAUGCCAGCAAUACACUCAUUAAUGAUGAACAAGUAGUGAUGGAAGCGAUUCGAGAGGAUCCAGAAGCACUAUGCUAUUGUGGAAAUUCAUUAUUUUUCGAUCGAGAUUUUAUUUUACGAGUAGUUUCAGAGUGUGGAGAGGCCAUUCAAUAUGCGGAUGAAGAGUUUAAGGAAGAUAAGGAAGUUGCCCUCCAAGCAGUGACUCGUUUUGGCAUGGCACUUGAGUUUCUCCCAGAGGAAUUACAAAAUGAUCAACAAGUGGUGUUAACUUCCGUUUCCACGUACGGAUUGGCACUUGGAUGGACAUGUGCUGAAUUGCAGAAUGAUCCACAAGUCGUUUUAACAGCUGUGAAAAAUGAUGGACUUGCACUCGAAUUUGCCAGUGAUGAAUUGCAGAAUGAUCGUGAAAUUGUCAUGCAAGCAGUUUCAAACUGUGGAUUCGCUCUCGAGUUUGCCAGUGAAGCAUUGAGGGAAGAUCGAGAAGUGAUAUUGCAGGCAGUUCGCACUGAACCACAAGUGUUGAUCCAUGUUAAAAAUUCACACCUUUUAUUACACGAUAAGGAAAUUGUGUUGGAAGCGGUACGAAGAGCUGGUCAUUGCUUGAAAGGUGCGUGUGAAGCAUUGAAAAAUGAUGAAGAUGUGGUCAAGGAAGCACUCAUGAACGAUGGACUCUCUCUGAAAUUUGCAUCUCCUUCCUUGAAAGAUAAUGAAGAGCUGGCACUAUUGGCAAUUCAACAAAACGAGUGUGCCAUUCAUUAUGUGUCUGAACGAUUGAAACGAUGUUACAAGUUGUUACGACUUGCUCAUGAAAAGGGAGAAGAGUAUUUUAGUCAAUGGUUUCAAUAUUGGAGUACUCGGUAUGAAGAUGAUUGGGAACCAGAGGAAGAGGAGGAGGAUGACAUUACCGACGAAGAAGAAGGUGAAGAAAUGGUGGAGAGCGAUCAAAGGCAAGAAUUAAAUAAUUGCUUUGGAGACGACCAGAAUGCAUUGAAACGAAAGCAUGAUCAUUUAGAUCCAACCUUAGAAAGUUGUGAUGAUGACAUUUCAACAAAACGAACCAAGAUUUAA